AUGGGCAUUUCCGCCACUAUCGGUCUUGUUGUACAUGCUGCAGCUGAUGGUAUAGCACUUGGCAGUGCGUCAACAAUAAACAAGUCUGAUGUCCAGUUGAUUGUUUUUAUUGCUAUCAUGUUGCACAAGGCUCCGGCGGCGUUUGGUUUGGUCUCCUUUUUAUUAAUGGAAGGUAUAGAUUCAAGAAAUGUUCGAAAGCAUUUGCUGGUGUUCUCAUGUGCUGCUCCGUUUGCUGCUAUUGGGACAUUCCUCAUUGUUGGAAGU